AUGGAAGCUUUCAGUCUCCUUAAUUACUGGAAAAACAGUGGUGGUGUUUCCUCAGGCCUCAGCUUCCUCCCUCAAGCCUCCGAUUCCUCUUGCCGUUACUCCGGCGAAGCCACUACCAUUGUCACCUCCGUCUCUGUGACGGAAACAGAUGAUGAAGCCGCCGACGACGACGAAGGACCGUUCUUCGAUCUCGAGUUCGCUGUACCAGUGGAAGAGGAAGAAAGUGAAGACAGCAACAAACACGGUGAAGUUCCCGAAGAUGACGGCGGAGGAGGAAGAAGAGGAGAGGGAGAUUCCGAUUGUACGGACGGUGGUUGUGAGUUCAAAUUCACGCUCUCGUCGUGUUCCGGCGGAGAAGAUCGAGUAGAUCCAGACCUUCAGUUCUCUCCUUCCGACGAUGUUUACUUCAAGGGACAGAUUGUGGAGGAGGUUGAACCACCGUGUACCGGAACAGAGCAGACCUGUUCCGUUAAAGCUCCGGCGGCGCAGUUAUCGGCGUCGAUUUUGAAAUCCGCUACCAAGCUCCGUGUACUCAUGCUCGGCAUGAAGAAAUCGAAGCUAAUCCAGGCGAAAUCGGAAGCUAGUUUAGGAUCUGGAGACUCCGACAAUCAAAAUCGACCUUCUUCUCCUUCGUCGCAGCCACCGUCUCAGUUGCCGGAAUCUCAACAGAAAAAUACGGUGACGGUGAAUUUAAAAGUUGAAGAAGUGCCAAUAAUUUCUCUUUUCACAAGAGACAACAGCUCGAGAAACUCCUCAUCGUCGUCUUCUUCUUCGUCUUCCUCCUCGAAGAAGCAAAACGGCAACGAAUCCGUCGUUUCUGAAGAAAACCGUUUCGUGAUGAUGCAAAAGUACCUGAAGAAGGUAAAGCCGCUUUACAUCCGUGUUUCGCGCCGGUACGGCGAGAAGCUUAAGCACUCCGGCCAGUUAACAUUCGGCUCGUCCGCACAGUCGGCUAGACCCACGGCGGAGAAAGCUGAAUCUCCGGCGACGAAGACGCAUAAACCGGGGAAUAUCAACAUCAACAUUCCAGCAGGUCUUAAAGUAGUGAGGAAACAUCUCGGAAAAAGCAGAUCCUCAUCGUCGACGACGACUCCGCCGUCGUCUUCGGCUACGACUGUUACGACGCCGUCUGAGUCAAGGAGACGCGACGACUCGCUUCUGCAACAACAAGAUAGCAUUCAAAGCGCCAUUUUACACUGCAAAAGAUCCUUUAAUUCCUCUCGAGAUAAAGAUCCGUCGGUGUUACCAAGAUCGGUGAGUGAACCUUCCUCUUACGAUAAAUGA